AUUAACCCUCAAAAACAACAGAAACUACUAUCAUUCUUCUAAACUCUACGGCGUACGGACCCACUUGAACGUGAUUUGAUAUUUUUCAGUUCGGUUUUAUAUAUACCCAAAACAAAACCAAAUCCUCUUUGUUUCAUCAUCAUCAAAACAAACCAAAAAUUCGAUUGCGAUUUCGAUUUCCAUGGCGACACCUAAUCAAGAGACGAUUGACACAUUCAUCAGCAUCACCGGCGUUUCUCAGCCAAUUGCACUGCAAAAGCUUCAGGAGCAUGGUGGUAGUCUUAAUGAAGCCGUUAAUGCAUAUUUCAGCGAAGGAGACAGAAAUUUGAUGGCCAGCUCUGCCACCGUUCCCCAAGGAGAUUUCAUGGAUAUAGAUGAUCAACAUGAUGAAAUUCUUAGACCUCCAUCUCUUUUAUCUUUUGCAAGAAAUCUUGAUCCAUUUUCUCUUAUUGAUCCUACAAUUGGGAGAAGUAUACUUGAUACUCAUCUUGGUGCAACAAACCAGGCGCCGUUUGUCACUCAUCCAAGAGAGGUAAGGCAAAUUCCGAUAGAGGAUAAGGAUGGUAGUCAAUCAACUCCUCAAGCUGGCCAUAUUCCAAUAGUUGAAGAUGUUACUGGAACUGUUCAUGCCCAAGGUCCAGAUAUACAUGGGAGUGUCAUAGUACUUGAUGACGAUGAUGAUGACAAUACUCUGCCUGCUCCGACUCAUUCUUCACCUGACAGUAGUGCGAGACCUAGUGCUCCCACAUUGGAGAAUUUACCAGAUAGCAGCAAUGACAUAGAAGAAGAAAUGAUUCGUGCAGCCAUUGAGGCAUCCAGACGAGAGGCUGAGGAAAAUUACAGCAAUCAUGAACUUGACAGACAAAUUGACGUGAGUGAAUCUGGGCCUAACCCAAGGCAAUCACUUUUAGAGGAUCCUGAGCUUGCUCAUGCAGUUUCAUUGUCCUUGAAGACAGCAGAGCAAGAAAAAGCACGGCGUGUACAAGAAGGUGACGUUGGAGCACCUACAGCAGGGCCAUCUAAGGCACAAGGAGUUGAAUUAGGGGAAGUGUCUUCAAAUGGAAGAUUGCAGGCAGGAGAAGAUGAGGAUGAAGAAGAUGAAGAUGUAGAGGAGAUGCCUUUGGUUAGGAACAGGUCUACUAGACAUGUGUCACUUAGCUCCACAGGGUCAGGCAAAGAUGCUGAAUUAAUCGAGUCUAGCACACCGGCAGGCACAACAGUUCCUGAAAGCAGCAGUCCUCCGCAUAAUGACAAUUCCUUCCCGUCUGAUGAAUGGGGUGGCAUGUCUUCAGUGGAACAUGAUGAAGCAGUAAUGCUUGAGGCUGCAAUGUUCGGUGGAAUCCCGGAAGGAAGUGGUUAUCGCCGUGCUUAUGCACCACAUGAGUUCAUGCAGAAUAGGGGUUUCCAUCCUCGGCCCGCACCUCUUGCAUAUCGCCCUCCUUCACCAUCAUUGGAGGCUCAGCGCUUGAUAAGGGAACAGCAGGAUGAUGAGUACCUUGCAUCGUUAGAAGCAGACAGAGAAAAAGAAUUGAAGGCCAUCGCGGAAGCCGAGGCUGCUCGCGAAGAGGAAAAACGGAGAGCAGAAGAAUCUCAAAGAAAGUUGCAGGAAGAGCAGGAAUUGGAAGCACAGUUAGCUGCCAAAGAAGUUUCUCUACCACCAGAACCAUCCUCGGAUGAUGACAAUGCUGUGAAUCUGAUGGUAAAAAUGCCAGAUGGCAGCCGUCGUGGGCGCCGAUUCCUAAGAUCUCAUAAGCUCCAGUCUCUUUUCGACUUCAUAGAUAUUGGUAGACAGGUCAAACCAAGCAGUUACAGACUGGUGAGACCAUAUCCUAGGCGUGCCUUUGGUGUUGAGGAAAGUGCUGUGACAUUGGACGAACUUGGCUUAACCAAUAAGCAAGAAGCUUUGUUUUUGGAGUUAGUCUGAUCCCUUAUGAAAAAAAGCUAGAAGAUAAACUAUUGAACUCUUUAGUUAGUUUAUUAAAAUAUGAACUAAUACACAAAAGAACGUUGCAUUUUAAUCUGGUUUUGUGCUAUAUGAUGUUAUUUAUGAAUUUAAAGAUCUACAAGGAGCGUGUGCUUUUACUUACUUAUCAUGGAAAUAUUCGUGGAUGCUUUGUUGUAGGUUAUACGGUAUUCAGCAGUAUCUGCAUAUGAUUAGAAUAAUUCAUGAUUAAUAAAAUUGUAACCAUCUCUUCUUCUUCCAACAA